AUGGGCUUCUUGGGGAUCUACCGGGCCAUCUACGACUACACGCCCAAGGAGGAUGGCGAGCUCGCCAUCACGACGGGCGACUUGCUGUAUAUCCUCGAGCAGAACAACGACGAUGGCUGGUGGAAGGCCAAGAAGAAGGCCGGCACCGACGACGAAGAUGAGCCCUCCGGCUUGGUUCCAAACAACUAUGUUGAAAAGGCAGAGACAGUAGGCCACGCGCGUGCCAUUUACGAAUAUACCCGCCAAACCGAUGAAGAGCUCUCCUUCUCCGAAGAUGCCGUGCUGGAAGUCUUCGACACCAACGACGAGGACUGGAUCCUUGCCGGUCUGGAUGGCGAGUAUGGCUUUGUCCCGGCCAAUUAUAUCGAGGUGCAAGCUGCCACUCCUGCAGCUGCGCCGGCGCCGCCAGCAGCUCCGGUGCUGCCAAGACGGCCGCCCUCCCAAACCAUCGCUGCUGCUCCUGAAGAUGAUUCAACGCCGUCUGACGAGGCACCAGUUGCCAACCCAGCAGCUGCUCUCGCUAGUGUCAUCCAAAACCGGCCAUCCGUCAGGGAGCCUCCGACUUUGCGUUUCAAAGAACCAGAGGUAUCAGAUGAAGAGUCUAUCAAGUCUCCUGCAUUGCCCACGCGACCGCGACCGCAGUCUCAAGCAUAUUCACCACCCGCGGAAUAUACGCCCAGGCCUCAGCGAGAGUCACAGAUUGAACCUCAGCCCAAGGGGCACCUUAUUCCUGGUGGAUUCCACUUAUACAACAUCAACGAGAUGGUGUCAGUCAUGGGCAAGAAGAAGAAGAUGCCGACAACUCUUGGCAUCAAUCUUUUGACGGGUACCAUCUUGAUCGCACCCGAGAAAGCUCAGGACGACCCUCCUCAGGAAUGGACUGCCGAGAAGAUGACCCAUUACUCUCGUGAGGGGAAGCACGUCUUCAUGGAGCUUGUUCGCCCCAGCAAGAGCAUCGAUUUCCAUGCCGGAGCUAAAGACACCGCAGAAGAAAUUGUGGCUUCUCUUGGAGAGCUUGCAGGUGCUGCCCGAGCAGAGGGAUUGAGAGAAGUAAUCGCGGCUGGCUCUCAAAAGCGACAGAGAAAAGGAACGAUUCUCUAUGACUUCAUGGCGCAGGGCGAAGAUGAAGUCACUGUCGCUGCGGGUGACGAGGUGGCUAUUAUUGACGACACAAGGAGCGAGGACUGGUGGCAAGUUCGCCGCCUCAGGAACGGCAAGCAAGGCGUUGUGCCGAGUAGCUACGUCGAAUUCUCAGGUACCAUUACGCCGCCACCCGAGGGCCAAGCAGUAUCAAGAGCCAAAUCAACCGUGGAACAGAAUCGCAUGGAGGAGAUGAGACUCACCAAAGAAGCAAUGAAGGCUAGCAAGGAACCUCAGCAGGUAGGCCUAGACAUGCGUUUGCCUAAACGCGGCAGCAGCCUCAUAACUCCGGACAAUGGUAACAUUUUGGGACAACAGCGGAAUCGACGCGAGAAUGGACGUGCCGACAGUGGCAGCAAUUCGGCGAGCAAAACAAAACCCGACGCAACCAAAGUGCGGACAUGGACGGAUCGAUCAAAGUCAUUCAGCGUCGAGGCGCAGUUCCUUGGACUCAAAGAUGGCAAGCUGCAUCUUCACAAGAUGAAUGGCGUGAAGAUCGCUGUACCCAUCGCAAAAAUGUCGCACGGAGACCUCGAAUAUGUUGAGAAUAUCACCGGCAUCUCUUUGGAUGACGAGAGACCGCUGGCCGAUGUCAAGCGAUCGAAGCCCCCGGAGCAAAAGAAGGCUUCUGCCUCUGCCGUUGGGGCAUCCAUCGACAAGAAACCAGAGUAUGACUGGUUCCAGUUUUUCUUGUCUUGCGACGUGGCCGUUGGCCUUUGUGAACGCUAUGCUCAGGCAUUCACGAGAGACUCGAUGGAUGAGAGCGUGCUGCCGGACGUCGAUGCCGGUGUUUUACGGAAUUUAGGACUGCGAGAAGGAGACAUCAUCAAAGUCAUGCGUACUCUAGACGCCAAGUUCGGCCGCAAUAAAGCCAACGGCGAGGGCGACGGCGGCCUCUUCUCAGGCCCAGGAGGAGCGCUGCGGAAUAACACAAGAAAGGGCCGGCCUGCCCCUGCUGUGCAAACUGGCGAUGUGGUUGAUGCGGCUGUUUUCUCAACUGGUAAGGAAGCGUCUAGCUCUGGCGAGACUGCGGCCAAACCAGCAUCUCCUGCAAGCCCGGAAAAACCACCCAAGCGCCCUACAGGAGGGUUUGACGACGAUGCCUGGGAUGUGAAGCCAACGAAGCAGGAGCAGCAGACAAAACCGCAGGCCUCGCCGCCGGCAGAUGCUCCCUCCGUCAACCCGACACCUGCGCCAGCGCCAGCUCCUGCGCCUCUACCUCCAGCGCUCACCGGAUCUUUGAUGGACCUCUCUCUACUGUCAGCGCCAUUAGAGCCCAGCAAGGUUGAGCCUCCCGUCCAGCCUCCUGCUGCCAACUUUGGUGGCGAAGCACAGCAAGCGGCUGCAGCGGCACCACCAGCGCAACAACAGCAACAGCCACUGGGAGCAAGCCCAUCCUUCUUCCAAACAGUCCCACAACCAAACCAGCGACCCCUCGCGCCAUCCAUCUCGCCGCCAGUUCAGGGCUCACUCGGCGUGCCACCACCACCGCAACGACCGCUCUCCGCCCCUCAGUCUACACUCCCUCAAGGCAUAUUUGCCGCCCCUACGCUCCUCCCUCAAGUUACUGGCCUCGUUCAGGGCCAAGUUGCGCCACCGGGACAAAGCCUCAACGACAUUACUCAAGCUCGGUUCCAACAGCAAUAUAAUGCACAGUUCCAAAACUUGCAGCCCCAGUUUACGGGAUAUUCUGGGCCCCAGCCCCAGGGCUUGCAGCAAUUUCCCCAGGGUGCUCCUGGACAGUUUAUACAGCCCCAGUUCACUGGCGCGCCUGGCUAUAUUGACCCAAGCCGAAUAAGCCAGUACGGGGGUCUUCAAGCCCAGCCCACCGGCUUCCAACCCGGCCUGACACAGUCUCCCUUUGGCUCUGGCAGCAUCAACAACUAUCUGCCACCAGCUCUACAGCCUCAGCCGACCGGAUUCCAGAGCCUGCAGCCGCUCCAGCCAACAGGUAGCACGGACGGAUUGAAACCACUGCAGCCGCUUGUACCGCAGAAGACCGGACCUCCUCCGCCAGUUCGUUUUGGUGUGACUCCCGAGACGAAGAAGCUGGCGCCCCAGGCAACCGGCCGACGGGCCAACCUGUCUCAAGCAACUCCUGAAAAUCCGUUUGGUUUCUAG